AUGGCUGUUCUUGGUUUGUUUUCGGCGGUCCGUGCGGCGCGGCCCUGGCAGCGGGUGGCGUGCGCGGCCGCAGGAUUCCAGGGCCGCUGCCUAGGAAAGAGUUACGCUGUGAGCCGCGCGCAGAGCCAGCCUACCUUUGGGUUCCUGUUGGACAUCGAUGGAGUGCUGGUACGGGGCCAUAGAGUGAUCCCUGCUGCUCUGAAAGCCUUCCGCAGGCUGGUGAAUGCUCAGGGGAAGCUGCGCGUGCCUGUGGUCUUUGUCACGAAUGCUGGGAACAUUUUACAGCAUGGCAAAGCCCAGGAGCUGUCAGCUCUGCUGGGCUUUAAGGUGGAGCCAGAUCAAGUUAUUCUUUCUCACAGUCCCAUGAAGCUUUUCUCACAAUAUCAUGGAAAACGGAUGAUAGUGUCUGGGCAGGGACCUCUGGUGGAAAAUGCCCAAAUACUGGGCUUCAAGAAUGUGGUUACUGUGGAUGAGCUGCGGAUGGCCUUCCCUGUGCUUGACAUGGUGGAUCUCCAACGGCGGCCAAAGACCAUGCCCCUUCCAAGGAAUGACUUCCCUGCUAUUGAAGGAGUACUCCUCCUUGGGGAGCCAGUACGCUGGGAAACAAGCCUGCAGCUGAUCAUGGAUGUCCUUCUCAGCAAUGGGAACCCUGGGAAGGGUCUGGCGACGGCCCCUUAUCCCCAUCUCCCUGUCCUGGCCAGUAAUAUGGAUCUUCUUUGGAUGGCUGAAGCCAAGAUGCCCAGGUUUGGCCAUGGCACAUUUCUGCUGUGCUUGGAAACCAUUUACCGCAAAGUGACAGGCAAAGAGCUGAGAUACAAGGGCCUGAUGGGCAAACCCAGCAUCCUCACUUAUCAGUAUGCAGAAGAACUGAUCAGGCGGCAGGCGGAGAGGCGGGGUUGGGCUGCCCCCAUCCAGAAGCUCUAUGCUGUAGGUGAUAAUCCUAUGUCUGAUGUCUACGGUGCCAACCUGUUCAACCAGUACCUGCAGAUGGCGAAGCAUGAGCAGGCAGAGAAGCUGGGGUCGAGUGGUCUGUUGAAGCAGCAACCCUCAGCAACCCAGAGCUGUGCCUCCAUCCUGGUGUGCACUGGUGUAUACAGUCCCAAGGCCCCGGGGUCCACAGAACCUGCUCAGGGAGAAGAGGAGCCUCCCUUCCAUGGGCACCGGGACUUUAAUUUUAGUCCAGGGCUUAUAGAGGCAUCCCACAUUGUGAAUGACGUGGAUGAGGCUGUGCAGCUGGUUUUCCACAAAGAGGGUUGGGCUUUGUAA